CGAUUGGAUUUGACAAUUGAUGUGAUGAGUUUUUCUGUUUUUGUGGUGUGUUUGUGUGUAGUUUUUAUUUAGUUAGCAGUUAGCAAAUCACUACGUACUGCGUGGUGAUGUGUGCCAUUUAUCUUAAGGAUUGAUACUAGUCGAGGAAAGCCCGAGGCAUAAUUUAGUAUUUAUGUGUAAAGUGAGGCAUCAUGAUACGGGACACCUUGAAAAAUAUGCUGAGCAGUUGUUUCCCUCAAAAUGUCCUCGAAAAUGUGGUGGAUGCAUUACUUGACAAUGGCAAUGAACUAAGUUCAGAAGACCAGGUAGCAGUAUUGCAUGCAGGAAUAGACCUUGUACGCAACAGUGAGAAUCCCCGAAACAUCACUGUAGGGUGGAGAAUUUUAAGAUGUUUGGCAAAAAAACCAGGUGUGUGCUUUGGUUCAUUGCUGAAUGCAACUGUUAUUAAGGAUUUGUUUAUAGGCACCAAGCCACCAAACAAUCCUCAGGAGAUACUUCUACUUGUAGAGUGGUGCCUUGAGAGGGGGAGCGAUCUAGGUUUAGAACCAACGGUGCAGCACUGUUUGACAGACUUUUUACGCUUGGUUUCAUUUGAUGACAAACUCUUGGCUGAUGUUUGUGUAUUCUUGAACCGUCAUCCAAAAUGUUUGCCAUGUGAAGAGGAGUUGAAAAAGUUCUGCGAAACAAUAGUAGCAUGCCUUUCAUCCUUUGCAACACCUGCUGCUAAACGUGAAGCAAUUCGCCAGUUUCAUGAAAAUGUUUCAAAAAUUGGAGAUUUUCUAACUGAUGCUUUGAAAAAGCGGCAGAGAAAAGAAAUUAUUUAUUCUUGCCUGAAGAUAGUUUAUACAGCUAUAGCUAAUAAAGAUGACGGCAGAGAGCCUUCCCCUAGUUUGGCAGUUGUAUUGGGACUUCUUGAGCCGGAGUUCAUUAGAUGUGAAGUAAAAACUGUGCUUGAUAACAGCACAUCUCAUGAUGUAGUGAGAAAGGCAUUGCAAAUAUUUUGUCACUGGCUGACAGUAUGGCCCAGAGCAACAUAUGUCAAUCUAUGGAUAGAUGCUCUUAUAAAUGAACUUGAGGAAAGAGAGAUGUACAGCAUUCUUAAUGAAGUAACUCUUGAAACCAUUGAUAAACUCUUUGGAUCAAUGCAGUUACCUGCCCUACGGCAAGGAGUGGAGACUAUUGUGUGGCAUAUGCUGUUCUCCAAUUUAUACAAUCACGAAGUGUUUCGCAAGAUUUCACCAAAAAUUCCGGGUGUGGUAGCACAGUUAAAACUUGAAAAUAGUAAUAAUGCUAGUGCUUCCCUUCGUUUUCUGUACAAUUACUGUUGCAUCAUGUAUGAAGAAAUCCCAAAUUUCAAGAAAGAUUAUGAAGAAGUCGUUAAGGCCAUGGAGGAAUUGUCAACAAUCAGAAGAUUUAGUAGGUCCCAGCUUAGUAUCAAACAGUGGAAGUCACCUUUAAAUGGAUUAAUGCCUGCUCUUGAAGUAGCUCCUAUAUAUCAACUAACGGGACGUGUUGGUCUUUAUAAUCUUGGCAACACUUGUUACAUGAACAGUAUACUGCAAGCACUUUUCAUGACAAACAGGUUUUGUUUUGGCUUGUUGUCCAAAGAAAAAAAUUACAAUCAAGAGUUAAUAUGGAAGCUUCAGACACUUUUUGCUUUAUUACUUCAUUCAAAAAGACCAGCAUUAUCGCCAACAGAUUUGCUAGCCAUAUGCCGACCGCCUGGUUUUUUACCAGGUCACCAGCAGGACAGUUCAGAAUUUUUAACGUAUCUUUUGGAUGUGUUGCAUGAGCAAGAAGCAAGGUUUGUUAAAAGAGGAGAUGGAAAGGAAGAAGACAAUUGUAUGGGCUCUAUUUCUCGUUGGACUACUGAAGAGGAUCUUUCGGAUGGUGGGGUGCUUGAAAGGAAGGCACAGUCAUUAGCAGACUGUAGUCAAGAUGGCACUGACUCAGAGAAAACAGAGAUUCUAAGCAGCACAUUGUCAGGAUCAGCAGAUAGUGGAAUCCAUUCUGUGUGUGGUGAUGAAGCAGGUGUUGCAGGAACAUUAACAGAGGUUCCUAGCUUACACCUAAGCCUUGUUCAUCAAACAUUUGGUGGAAAAAUAGUCACUUGUAAUGAGUGUUUGACUUGUCAUUCACAGUCCGUCCAAACAGAUACAUUCACCGAUCUACAGUUGUCUUUUCCCCCACAAGAAGAGGACAACAAAUAUGAUGUGUUAGAUGUGCAGAAUUUGCUUGAUUAUUUUGUUUCUGCAGAGAAACUGAGUGGAGAUAAUUGCUAUAGGUGUGAUAAGUGCAGUGCAUUGACUGAGGGACAGCGGUCUGUUAAUAUUUUGCAAGCACCGUCUCAUCUUAUUCUUACAAUAAAACACUUUCAUUAUGAUAGUACCACAAUGCAACGAACAAAGCUACUUCACAAGAUGCAUUAUAAUGAAAGAUUAUUUGUGCCUGUUGUAGCUGCUGGACAGCAACAGAAACACUGUGAGACAUAUAAUUUGUAUGCAGCAGUUGUACAUUCUGGAAGGAGUGUGGAUUCAGGACACUAUUACACGUUCUCACGAGACCAAAGUGGUUCCUGGUUUGUAUUUAAUGAUGAGUCAAUAUAUCCUAGUUCUCUUGAUGAGCUAACAAACCUUAAAGCAGCAGAUACUCCCUACAUAUUGUUUUAUGCAUUACCAAGUGAAAAUCUCCAACUGGAAGUAGGCUCACACCCACUAGAAAAUCUACAACCUCACCUGUUAGAGGUAGUUCUCAAAGACAAUGCUUUAUUCAUAGAGCAAAAGAAAGAAGAAAGGCGAAGAUUGUCUAUGGGAACUAUGUCUAAGACUUGGUAUAAUCAAAGAAAACCUGAUGAUGACCCUCCAAGCAGUUGUGGUGGUGGAUCAUCAUUUAGUACAUCAGCCAACAGAGUGGUAUUUUAAAGAUAUAUAGUGUUUAUUGUCUGUAAUUUUUUUCCUGUAUUGUAUUUUCCUUUGCUGUGUGAAUUACCUCAUUAUAUUUAUUACAAUUGUCUUUCAGCAGAUGCAGUUAUGAUGUCUGUGUUAAUACUUGUUAUACUUUGCACUCAUUUCACAAAAUAUGCUUUUCAUAUUUAUAUGUUUGACAGAGGUACUGAAACUGUCUUCCUUUAGCAAUUUAUAUACAUAUAUAAUGUUCCUGUUCAGCUUUGACAUAAGUGAGUUAUUAAGAAUUGGCAGGAAAUGUUCAUGAAACAUUUAUAUUGUAUAAGAAUAUUGAAAAUUCAGCCUAUUUUAUAUGCAGAGAAAGAGUUUUGUGAACCGUAUGACAUUUGCAAAGGGUUUCUCUUUUGCAGAUCAAAAUGCGGAGCAUAGUAAACAUAAAUCUUUUUUUAAGAGCUGUUUGUUUGGUUGGAAUUAUUAUUUCGUAAGUUGAUAGUGAAGUGUUUCUUUUAUACUGGAGCAGAUUUUUCAGUGGAUGGAGGGUCUAAAUUUGUAAGAAGCUGAUUCAUUAGAAAGGUUUAAUGGAUAGUACUUCUUGUGGAAUAACAGUGAUCUGAUGGAAGUGAGUAUGAAAAAACAGACUGAAUAUAAAAUUCACUUCAAAGCUUUCUGUAUAUUUUCUAAGGAAGUGAACAAAGUCAUCUUUAAUAUUCGAUUGUCUCACUUUUUAUGUGAAAUAAAGAAGUCUUUUUCUUGUA